GCUAUUACAAUCGCACAGCCGCCGUAUUUAGACCAUCUUGAUAACCGCGUGGCACAAAAAAUAAACAAAUCUCGAAUUAAUAACGAUCUCAUUCGAUAGUUUGGCUGAUAGCCUGUAUGUUGCUACUAAACAUUGACAGACGUAGGAAAUGAAGGAGGCAAUAUCGGAGUCGGAGUGAUAUUUUACCGAAACAAUGUUUCUGGGGUUGAGAAUGAGUGAAUGGUGGUGGCUACUUUGUGUGAUACAGUGGAGGUUUGGACAAGUUGUCAGUGUCAGCUCAACGCCGGCGAUUGGUAUGAAAGGCACAAGAUGUUAUGAUGACUUUAAUAGGCCACAGAGGUGCAUUCCUGAGUUCGAGAAUGCAGCAUUCAAUGUUGAAAUGGAAGCGACGAACACAUGCGGUGAGAAAGGAGUUAUGGAGUAUUGCGUGCAAACAGGCAUAACUGGAGUGAGGAAAUAUUGCGAAGUUUGCCGUCCCAAUCAACAUCAUGCUCACUUCAUGACCGAUUUUCAUAAUGAAGACCAUCCCACUUGGUGGCAGUCAGAAACUAUGCUAGAGGGUAUUCAGUGGCCGAAUCAAGUUAAUUUAACAUUGAAAUUAGGUAAGUCUUUCGACGUUACAUACGUUCGGAUCUGGUUUUGGUCUCCACGUCCAGAAAGCUUCUAUAUAUCGAAGAGAUCAACGGAGAACGGACCUUGGAUUCCGUACCAAUAUUACAGUGCUACCUGUAGAGAUACAUACGGACUUCCGGAUAUGACUCACACAUUUCGUGGAGAAGAAACAACGGCCUUAUGUACAUCGGAAUACGCUGAUAUAUCUCCUCUUCGUGAAGGGAAUGUUGCCUUCGGAACACUGGAAGGUCGCCCUUCUGCUUACAACUUCGACGGAAGUCCUGAACUGCAGGACUGGGUGACCGCCACAGAAAUCAUGAUCACCCUGGACCGCCUCAACACCUUCGGAGACGAGGUCUUCGGCGACCACCGGGUACUCAAAUCCUACUUCUACGCGAUCGCCGACGUCGCCGUGGGCGCGCGCUGCAAGUGCAACGGCCACGCGUCCGAGUGCGUCGCGACGUUCGGCUCAGACGGCGCCAAGCGACGCGUGUGCAAGUGCGAGCACAACACGGCAGGGGCGGAUUGCGGCGAAUGUUUGCCCUUUUACAAUGACGCGCCCUGGGGCAGGGCCACCGCGACGAAUUCGCACGAAUGUAAACAAUGCAAUUGCAAUGGAUAUUCCAGCCGCUGCUACUUCGAUGAACAGCUCUACGAACAAACAGGUCAUGGAGGCCAUUGCUUAGAUUGUUCCGCCAACCGGGAUGGUCCGAACUGCGAGAGAUGUAGAGACCAUUUCUACUCAAGGGAGGAUGGCUACUGUACUGCAUGCGACUGCCAUCCAGUUGGUUCCAUACACCUCCAGUGUAACUCCAAAGGAGCUUGCCAGUGUAAGCCGGGAGUAACUGGAAGCAAAUGUGAUAGAUGUGAGACGAACUUUUUCGAUUUUUCACCGUACGGUUGCAGAUCCUGUGGGUGUUUGGAAGGUGGUUCGUUGAAUAAUGUAGCUGGAUGCGAUCCGUACUCUGGGAAAUGUUAUUGCAAAGAAAAUGUUGAAGGGAAACAAUGUCGCGAAUGCAAACCAGGCUACUUCAAUCUAGAUUCAGACAACAAAUUUGGUUGUACGCCUUGCUUUUGUUAUGGCCAUUCAUCUAACUGUCACUCAGCUCCGGGAUUCUCCAAGUACCUCGUAGAAUCUUCAUUUUCCCGUAGUGAUGAGAGAUGGACAGCUGAAGAUGAGCACGGAAGACCAGUCGAUUUGAAAUACGAUUCUUUCACGCAAAGUGUUGGAGUCAGAUCCAGUGGAAACAGGAUAGUGUACUUCGUGGCACCUCCAAGAUUCUUGGGCGACCAGAUGUUUUCCUACAAUCAGUUACUCGAAUUUACCUUGAGGAUUGGGGAUAACAGAGCUGUGCCAACUCCUGCGGAUAUUGUUUUAGAAGGCGGUGAACUAACUGUGACCAAUACGAUAUUUUCUCAGCAAAAUAAAGUUCCGUCCCUCCAGAAUCAGAAAUUUAGUUACCGUCUUCAUGAAAACCCUGAUUACGGCUGGCAGCCUAGGCUAUCUGCGAGGGCGUUCUUCUCUAUCUUGUCCAAUUUGACAGCGAUAAAGAUCAAAGGGAUAUAUUCGGUUCAAGGAGAAGGAUUCCUGGAUGAGGUCAAGCUGGAAACGGCAUCCAGAGGAGUAGCUGGAAAGCCUGCUCAUUGGAUUGAGUCUUGUGACUGUCCAACAGGGUAUGUUGGACAAUUUUGUGAAUCGUGUGGUCCUGGUUUUAGACAUUCUCCUGCUCUAGGAGGAUCAUUUGCAUCGUGCAUUCCAUGUGACUGUAACAAUCAUGCUAGCAUUUGUGAAUCUGACAGUGGUAAAUGCAUCUGUCAACACAAUACGGUUGGAGAAAACUGUGAACUAUGUGCAAGAGGAUUCUAUGGCAAUGCUUUGGGAGGCACUGACACAGACUGUCGAUCUUGCGACUGUCCCAAUGGCGGAGCCUGUGUCCAAAUCGACGAGGACACGGUCAUGUGUACGGAAUGUCCGACUGGUUAUGCGGGUCCCAAAUGUGAUUCGUGCUCUGACGGAUACUUCGGAGAUCCGAGGGGUCAGUUUGGAUCCCCGACUGCGUGUCAGCAGUGCGUCUGCAACAGGAACAUCGACCCAAACGCCAUCGGCAACUGUAACACUACGACUGGAGAAUGUUUGAGGUGUAUCCACAAUACUGGGGGUACAAGCUGUGAUGUUUGUCUACCAGGUUAUUAUGGCGACGCCUUGGUACUUCCAAGAGGAGACUGCCGGAAAUGCGCCUGCUACGCUCCAGGCACACAAGAGGACGCCACAGGGGAACUAACCUGCGACCAGGCUACCGGCUCCUGUCGAUGUAGACAUCACGUGGUCGGCAGGAACUGCGACAAGUGCGAGGACGGAUAUUUCGACCUGCUCUCUGGCAAGGGAUGCCAGAUGUGCAACUGUGACAUUAUCGGAUCCAUCAACAAAACUUGCGACGUGCUCACUGGACAAUGUUACUGCAGACCAGGAAUCGCUGGAGUAAGAUGUGACCACUGCGAAUCUCACAAAUUUGGCUUCUCUAUAAAUGGAUGCGCAGACUGCGAAUGCGACCCAACAGGUUCCAAAGAUCUUCAGUGCGAUGCUUCCGGGCAAUGUCCUUGCUUAGACAAUGUGGAAGGAAAGCAAUGCAGUCGCUGCAAAGAAAAUAAAUUCGACAGGCAGAAAGGCUGCAUCGACUGUCCCGACUGUUAUAGUCUAGUUCAAAAUGAGGCCAAAAAUCACAACGAGAAAUUGAUCAAAUUAGGUGUGAUUCUUGAUGACAUCGAGAGUCAACCGACAGUUAUACCUGAAGAAGAAUUUCCAAAUGAAUUGAAAAAGGUUCAAGAAGAGGUCAAUGAAUUUUAUUCUGAGGUUCUUUUUAACACAGCUGACACUGGUAUUAUUCAACAAGUUAGGGAUAUUGAAGAUAAAAGGAAAGAAGUAUCAAAAAUGAUAUCAAGGGUUGAUGAGAAUCUAUUCCUUAUCGAUGAAAAUAACAUAUUGGUUGGAAUCAAUAUUGAACGUGGUGAUAAUAUAAUGGAUGAGGUGGAUGAAAAGAUACUUGAUAUUGAGAAUGAUAUCACUCAUAGAGGUUUGGAAACUUUACAGAGAGCUUUGAAGCAAGCUGCACUAGUUGGGCAGCAUUCUGAGCAAAUGACUUUAAUAGCUCAAGAAGCUCGUGAUAUAGCUGAUUCGUUGGACUACAAAGCUGAUGACAUUAUGAUUUCAUCAAAGAAAACGAAAAAUGAAUCAAUGGUGGCUUAUGAAGUAGCAAAAAAUACAGUUUAUCAACAAAGUAUAAUUGGUGACUAUAUAAGAAAACUCAAAAAUGAUGUUAUGAGUACUGAAAUGAAACUGAGUAAGUCCAACGAUUGGAUAAAAGAAGUUGGUGAAAAAACUGUGUUAGUGAAGAAAAACGCAUUAGCUUUAUUGAGCGAGAUUGAGAACUUACAUAUACCUGAAAUCAACAUGCCUGAACUCAUAGAAAGAUCGAUACUCUUGAGACAAGAAAUGUUUAUACUCAGUAAUAGAACUAAUAACCUCUUCCAAGAUAGUAAUGAUAUUAGAAAUGAAAUUGAUAAGCAAACUGAAUUAGGCAAGGGAUUAUUGAAAAAUGCUGAGAGUCAACAAGAAAUUGUCAAUGACCUGCGAAAUGACCUAGUAUUCUGUGAGAGUCAAGCGAAUGGAGCCAUCAAUCUUUGGGACGAGAUUUUCAAUGGAGCAGUUACGAAUUACAAACUUCUGAAAGAAUUCGACACGCAAACGGAAAAAAAUAAGAAAGAAGCAGCACAUGCACUAACUACUCUCGACGACAUAGAAACUAUUAUUGAAAAUAUUUCCAAAAAAUCUUCGGUAGCCAAAAUUAUCUUAGACGAAGCAAAGAAAAAUUCUGAUUUGGCGUUUGAUAAGGCCAAACAAGCUAACGAGUUGGCUAAGAAUGCCUCUUUGAAAGCAGAACGUACCAAGAGUGAAGCUGAAAUAUUAUUCAAAAACACAACAGCACUUGGCGAGGAAGCUGGACUUAUGUAUGAUAGAGUUCAAAACACCGAGGGAGAAUUGAAGAAUCUCAUGGGAAAGUUCAGGAGUAAUACAAGCUUGAUCAAUGAUGCCAAAGAAAAAGUGGGCAGAGCAGGCAAAGACACUGACAGUGCGACGAGAAAGGUAUCUGAUCUUCUCCGUGACGUUGAAGGAAUCAUGUUCGAACUGCAGCACUCUCCCACCAUCGAAGAAUCUGAUGUGGAUAGACUAGAGGAAGAAAUCCGAAUAGCUGAAGAACGAAUGAAAGAAACGAAGCUGGAAGAAAGACUACUGGAUCUUCAGACUGAGCACAAGUUACGAGAAGAACUCAUUGGGCGAUACAAAAUGCAAAUUGCCGUUUUGCAAGAAGAGGUUGAUAAUAUCGAGGAUAUCAUCGAUAAUUUACCGGAGGGAUGUUUCAGGAGAGUGGAGUUGGAACCAUAGAAAUUUAGAAACGAAAACAGAACGAUUAAUUAGACUUCAAUAAUGCAGUCAGCGUGCAUAUUUUCCGAAAUGAACAAUUGAACUGACAUGUAUAUGCAGGUUAUUUCAACAUAUUCUUCGAUCGCACUGCGUAUUAUUCAAAAUAUCUUAGGUGUCCAGGAAGUUUAGCAGAAUAUGUAUUGUUACUGGCCUGUGAUGAAUUGAAAUAAUAAUUCUGGACACGCGCAGUAUCGGUGUAUAAUAAAAUACUAUAUCUAUGAUUGGAUCCGUGACUGAUCUAGACAGAACGCAUGAAUGAAUGUUUUAUAUUGAAACAAUUAGGCUCAUUUUGUAGAAAUUAAUGUUAUAUCGAAU